AUGUUGGCUGUCGUCACAUGCCUCAUCACUGCUUCAUCCCGCCUGAUUCUUCUCUGGGUCGCUUUGGAUCCACACUCAUUCCUGCGCCCCCGUCACCAGCGUCGAGAUGCAGGAGUCAACGCUUCGCAGACUGAAUCCAAGGAUGCCGAACGCGCACAGGAUUACCGCGAUGCGACCAUCGCCUUGGGCGUUCUGUUCGGUUUGGCCUUGGUUUUGAUUGUGGUUCUUCUGGUAUGGAGAUGGCGCGCCCGCCAUGAGCUUUAUACGUUCCACGUCGACAUCAGCACCAAGAAGACAGCUCAUUUCUCACACCCCGAGCUGAAGCAGGGCCACGACUUGGGCUUUCGCAUUCGGGCACCUGGCGGGCCCUACGUUUUGGGACCAGAUCUGCAUUUGGAGAUGAACAAACGCUACUACUUUCAGCUUCACAACGUUCCGGGCGAGUAUGCGCUGCAGAUUACCCACUCGCCCGUUGGUGCCGAUCAAGGUCACAACAUGGCCGAAGGGACGCAUGUUGUUCACGGCAACGGUCGGCUAGAGGUUGACACGGCGCGGCUGCCGGCUGGACCACUGUAUUAUCAGGCCGUGCGCUUUGAAAAAAUGGGAGGUCGCAUUUUUGUUCACAAUCGGCCAGCUCCAACCACCUUGCGCCAAGGCACCAUUUAUGAGCUGCCCACUCCCAGCAAGCCCACACCAACACCACCAGGUACUGGAUCCGGGACCUUGUCAACCCUGCCCACCCCCGGCGCGAAGCCAGUCUCAAGCAAUGGUGCUUCUUUUCGCCAUGAGAAUCGCAACCAUGCUCUAAUGCGCUCGCGCACUGACCUCGACGAUGCCGAUUGGGACUCGGGCUGGGACUUGCGCUUGCAACCGCGCUGGGUCCCGGCAUCUGCUCGAGUUGUCGAUUCAGACUCGGAAUCAGAGACAGGGCCUCCGGUCCCACCACGCCGCCGUGCCAAGGCACGCCGCAAUACGAGCACGACGACGAGUGCCCACGUCGAGGGCGUGAUGCGCAUUGACGACGAAAAGGUGUUGCGCUCCUUUCGCAAAGGGUCCGGGCCCCGUUCUACCUCCCAUGAUUUGUGA